AUGCGGACAAUACUUUCCAUCUUCCUGUUCGCCGUCAAAACAACAGCAAGCAUCAACCUCACAGCCCUCUACUCCGGCCUCUCCCCCGCCGCCGAGAUCAUAUACACCACCGAUCCCGACUUCAACGAAACAACCCCCCGGUACACGAUAUACCGUCCACCCGCCUCCUACGGGACCAUAAUCCCCGCAACAGAGGGAGACAUCCAACACAUCGUCCGAACAUCCGUUGCGAACAACAUCCCCUUCCUCGCAACAGGCGGCGGCCACGGGAUCACAAAGACCCUCGGCGACUUCCACUACACCGACACCGGCGUCACAAUCGAGCUGAGCAAAUUCAACACCGUCAACCUGAGCCCAGAUAAUGAGUACAUCACCGUCGGCGGCGGCGCCAGAUACGAAGCCGCGCACGAACCCAUGUACAACGCUGGCAAAAUGAUGGCUAUGGGGAAUAGUCCGUGCGUGGGGAUCGUCGGCGCAGCCCUCGGCGGUGCAGUCGGGAUGUGGCAGGGAUUAUACGGACUAGGUAUUGACUCGCUGGUUUCAGUGCGCCUGGUCACAGCGGCGGGGGAGUUGGUUUCUGUAUCUGCGGCCGAGAACGCAGACCUUUUCUGGGCGAUUCGCGGGGCCGGUGCGAAUUUUGGUAUUGUCACUUCGGCGACGUUUCGCCUGCAUGAGGUCUUUAAUGGUGGGGAUGUCGCCAUGACCUUCUUUCGAUACCGCCCAGAUCGGAAUGGAUCUGUCUGGCGUGCUUUAAAGGGAUUCGAUGACGAUAUGCCGGAUUUGUUGUCGUUUAAUGUUGCCAUGACUAUUGAUCUGGAAUCACGAGAGCCCAUCAUAGCCGUCCAAGCAAACUACUACGGCCCCAUUUCCGACGCAGAACCCUACCUCCAACCCUUCCACGACGCAGGCCCAUUCAAUGUCCAACAAAUGACCCUCCCCUGGCCCGACCUCCAGUCCUACAUGCACACGGUGGAUCCCCGGAACUGCGCGCCGGGGCAGUACAUGAACGAGUGGAGCAUCUCGCUCAGGAAUACAGACGUAGAUGCCUAUUUCGAGUACUAUAACCAGCUCCAUGCGCUGUGGGCGAGUGAGCAGCGAUACACCGGGCAGACUGGGAUUGCGCGGUUUCCGACUCGGCUUACGAGGGAGGUUGGGGAUGGUGAGACGGCAUAUCCGCAUAGGCGCGCGACUUCGCAUUUACUGUUUGAGAAUUUUUAUUCUGAUCCUGACCUCGACGGGAGUAUUAACGUCUGGAUGGCCGAUGUAAUGGAUCUGUUUCAGGAAACGAGUGGGUUUGACGAGUUGCAUGUGUAUAGCAAUUUUGCACAGGGGAAUGAGGGACCUGAGGCGUGGUAUGGGCGGAAUCUGGACAGAUUGAAGAGAUUAAAGCGGGUUUGGGAUCCGAAUGGGUUGUUUAAUUAUAAUAACCCUAUCCCUGUGUAA